AUGUCCCCUUCUGCCAUCACAAACUCUCCGCCACAGAACGCCGCCUACCCGGCAUCAACAGAUCUCGGCGAUGGACUCGCAGUUCAGCACCCACCGCCGAACUUUCGUGGCUAUGACCACGUAACAUGGUGGGUUGGCAACGCGAAGCAGGCUGCUUCGUACUACAACAAUCUCUUUGGAUUCAAAACCGUGGCAUAUAAGGGACUCGAGACAGGCAGUAGGUACAUUGCCUCGUACGCCGUCGCCAAUAACGACGUCCGCUUUGUCUUUACUUCCCCAGUACGGUCCCAUGUCCAUCUCCCCGAGGAUGAGCCCAUCUCUGUUGCGGAACGAGAACUUCUGCACGAGAUUCACGCCCAUCUCGAGAAGCAUGGUGACGCCGUGAAAGACGUUGCUUUCGAGGUGGACAACGUCGAGGGCGUGUACAACAAGGCAAUUCAGGAGGGCGCCAAGUCGGUUCAGCCCCCUACUGUGCUCACCGACCCUGAGCAUGGCGAGGUGCUGACUGCCGUAAUCUGCACUUACGGCGAUACCACUCAUACCCUCAUUUCGAGGAACAGCUACAGCGGACCGUUCUUACCUGGCUUCCGCGCCGCGAAACCCUCGUCAGCCUCCGUCACUCUCCCCGUCGCGCCACUAGCCCGCAUAGAUCACUGCGUUGGCAACCAGUCCUGGAAUGAAAUGGUUUCCGCCUGUGCUUUUUACGAGCAAUGUCUCUCGUUCCACCGCUUCUGGUCUGUCGACGACUCACAGAUCUGCACGGAGUUUUCUGCCCUCAACUCUAUCGUCAUGUCCUCGGCCAACAACCUCGUCAAGAUGCCAAUCAACGAGCCCGCUCCAGGCAAGAAGAAGUCGCAAAUCGAGGAAUAUGUUGUCUUCAACUCAGGUCCUGGAGUCCAGCACAUCGCUCUUCUAACCCCCGAUAUCAUCACGACUGUGUCAGCGAUGCGUGCCCGCGGCGUUGAGUUUAUUGCCGUUCCGUCGACAUACUAUGAUACUAUGCGCCAUCGCCUGAAGACGGAGAAACGUAAUUGGGAGCUCAAGGAAGACCUUGCCACCAUCGAGUCGCUUAACAUCCUUAUUGACUACGAUGAGCAGGGCUACUUGCUCCAGCUCUUCACCAAGCCGCUCAUGGACCGACCCACUGUCUUCAUCGAGAUCAUCCAGCGUAACCACUUCGAGGGUUUUGGCGCGGGCAACUUCAAGAGCCUGUUCGAAGCAAUCGAGAGAGAGCAAGCGGAGCGUGGGAACUUGUAA